UUAAAUUAGAUUUUAAAAAUCAAAACCAAAAUAUUAUAAUAAUUUAAAAACUAUUAUUGGAUGGAAAUACGACGUUACCGAAAUGAUACUAUAAAGUGUGAACUACCUAGUAUUAAACAAGUAUAAUGUAUAAUAAUGUCCAUAUUAAUUAUACACGUAGCCCGUAAGUAUAAUUUAUAAUUGUGAGGAAAAAGUGAUAUAAAUUAUUUCGCUUUAACUCAUAGUCGCCGGGUAAUAAACAAAUUUAAAAAUACAAUUUGCGGGCGACAAUAAUACCGGAUAAUCACUCGCCGGCUCGUCGUGUCUAAAAAUAGUCUUAUCUUUCCAUCAAAUUUAAUAGUCGAUACUCGAUAUAGCUAUAUAUAUAUAUAUACUGUAUAUAAUAUACAUUGCGAUACGAGUAUACGACUAUACGAGUCACGUCAGCUUUGAUUUGUUCAGUUAGGUUGUACCAAUUCGAACAUUAUUCAUUUUGUUUUGACCUGCUGAUCUAUUACGUUGUCACUCGUUUGGCGAAAUUAAGAAUUACAAUCAAAAUCAAACUAUUGAUGUGGCAACCAAAAGUUUAGAAGGUUUAAUUGAAUGCAUUCAAAAUAUAAGAGAAAAUGGUUUUGAAAAUACAUUGAAUGAAGUUAAAAAAAUUGCACUUUUAUUUAAUAUAGCCACUGAUUUUCCAACUACAAGAAAAAUAAAACGCAAAACAUACGAGUCAAAUAAUAUAAAAACUAGUAUAACGAGGGAAAGUAUUGAAACUAAUGUAAAACUACAAUGCUAUCAAUCUCUAGAUUCUAUUAUUACGAGUCUAAAAUGGAGAUUUGAAAAAAUGUAUAAUGUAUCUUCAAAAUUUGCAUUUUUGUCCGGUCAAAAUUUAUCGAGUAUGGAAAUAAAUGAUAUUAGAAAAUGGUCGGAUGAUCUAGCGUUGUUAUACAGUGUUGAUUUGAAUGGUAGUGAAUUAUACGCUGAAGUUCAAAGUUUCAAAUUUCAAGCUUCAAAAUUAAUAGCAUCAUUUAAAACUGCAACAUCUUUUGAAUUUUUAAAAUGCAUACAUCAAAAUUCUCUACAAGAUGUAUACCCAAAUUUAGAAGUGGCAUUAAGAAUUUUUUUAACAAUGCCUGUUACUACAGCUACUUGCGAGAGAAGUUUUAGUAAAUUAAAGAUCAUAAAAAAUUAUCUUCGUUCCACCAUGGUUCAAGAACGUCUAACAAAUUUAGCAAUACUUUCAAUCGAACACGAAAUUGCAUCUAAAAUGGACUACACUUUAGUAAUUGAAGAAUUUGCUUCCAAAAAAGCCAGAAAAGUUAAAUUUUAAUAAUUAUGUUUUUUUUUAUGUAAAAUGUAAAUGUAAGAGACAAAAGAUAUACUCUUAGUAUUUAAAGGAAUAAGAUAUUAUUUGAAAAUUAAUAAAAUAUGAUUACAUUGUAUUAAUUAUUUUAUGGUAGGGGGGCGCAAAAUUUUCAUUUUGCCAGAAGCGCCACUAUUGAUCGGCCCGGCCC